UGCAGCGCAUGCGCGAUGAGCGCGGCGGCCAGCCCGAACGCGGAAGUGCGCGGCCGGUGGCGGGACAAGAUGGCGGCCGCCGGGCUGCUGCCCGUGGCGGGGUUGCUCCUGCUGGUGCUGCCGGGGGCGCUGGGGAAGCGGAGCCAAGUGAAGACCCUGACGGACGGCACCUGGCGGGACUUGCUGCAGGGCGAGUGGAUGAUCGAGUUUUACGCGCCGUGGUGUCCUGCCUGCCAGAGCCUGCAGCCGGAGUGGGAGAAGUUUGCAGAAUGGGGGGAAGAUCUGGAGAUUAACAUCGCGAAGGUGGAUGUGACGGAAGAGCCAGGUCUAAGUGGGCGGUUUAUCAUAACAGCAUUGCCAACCAUCUACCACUGUAAAGAUGGAGAGUUUAGGAGGUAUCAGGGCCCAAGGACUAAAAAUGACUUCAUAAAUUUCAUCAGUGAUAAAGAAUGGAAAUCUAUUGAACCAGUUUCUUCCUGGUUUGGUCCUUCCUCGUUGAUGAUGAGCAGUAUGUCUGCUUUGUUUCAGUUAUCAAUGUGGAUCAGGCGUUGCCACAGUUACUUAACAGAGGACAUUGGCAUACCAGUUUGGGGAUCAUAUGCCAUUUUUGCAUUGGCAACUCUGUUUUCAGGACUGAUACUAGGACUUAUCAUGGUAUUUUUAGCAGACUGUCUCUGUCCCUCCAAAAGGCACAGACCACAGCAAUAUCCUUAUUCAAAAAAAUUAACAUCGGAAUCAUCCCGGUUCUUGAAAAAACUGGAUGAGGAGCAAGAAGCAGAUGAAGAAGACCUUUCAGAUGAUGAAGCAGAGAAUAAAGAGUUGGUAGACAGAGACUGUUCAACACAUGCUGUAAGACAGCGCCCUGUAAACCCUGCCGCCACAACAGAUAAAUCUUAGUUGCAUUUACUUAUGGAA